AUGGCACGGUGGUGGCGUUUCUUUCUGUUCCUCGCGCCCGUCGCGAGCGUCGACAUGCCGUGCGCGCUGACGCCGCAGACGGUCGCGCGCAUCCGCGAGUGGGUCCACUCCGGCGUCGAUCCCGGUGGCGACGCGUUCGACGCCGUCCACUGCGCCGUCGUGCGCGCGGCCGGCGGCGUCGUCGGCGGGCUCGGCGGCGGCGCCGCGGGCUACUCGCUGGCGUCGGCGUUCGCGGACCGCGUCGGCGCCCGGUUCUGCGGCGACUCCGAGCGAUGCCGGUCGCGCGCGUCGACGUUCGCGCGCGUCGCCGGCGGCGUCGUCGGCUACGCCGUCGGCGGCGCCGUCGGCAACGAGGCGGCGUCGCGGACCUUCGGUCGCGGCGGCUUCUUCGGCUCGACGAGCCCGCUCGCCGCCGUGCGCGAGUGCGCGGGCCGCUUCGGCCUCGCGGAGGACGCGCUCACCGCGGACGCCGUCGACGAGGCGUACCGGAAGCGGAGUUUGGUCGACCACCCGGACAAGAAGGGCGGCUCGAACGAGGACAUGGCCAAGACGAACGUGUGCCGGGAGCUCCUCCGCGCGGCCGUCGACGAGCAGCGCUCCUUCUGGGAGCUCUAA